AUGGCGUCAACUCCUCUGGAGAAAUUACGCCAAUCAUAUCAAGACAUCGAAGAUAAAAGAAAACAAGCAACAAAACUCUUACUCAUUGAACCCAAAACAGUCAAAGAAGAAGCCUAUGUCACACAUUACGUUGCAAAAUAUGCAAAAGAAAUACAAGAACUCAGUAACUCAAUUCUUGAUGUUAUCAACAACAACGGAAUAGAAAAAGUGCAAAAUCCUCUUGAAGCUUUUAAUCAAGCUCUUGAAGAAAGAAUAACUUUUCAUUCUCAAGUUGUCGACAAACCAGUUGCAGCUGUUAAAGAAGAAAAAGAAGAUAAAGGACUUCAUGGAAAGACUAUGAAUGAUAUUAUUUACGAUAUUCAAGGAUCUCCACAUCUAAAUUUAUUUUAUGAUAACGCUAGAUUCCAAGAAUGGCGUCGCCAAUUCCAGGAGGAAAAAGAAAGAAGAAGGAACAAGAAGAAAAAGAAAACAGUUAUCAGUGAAACUGAUGAAGCUUUGACAAAAUUUUCCGGAGAAGAAUGCUAUGGCAUGUUCCUGGACUUAAACGAGCUACAUUCGCAGUACAUAAACAUUACAAAAACAUCAAUUUCAUACUUAGAAUUCUUGGAAAUCCUUCAAAAAUCGAAUGAUUUUUCAAAUUUACCAAAAUCAGAACAAACAGAGAAAUUCAUCGAAAAUUUAGUUUCUUAUCUCAUGGGAUUUCUGGAAAGAGCACAACCAUUCUUCCCAUUGACGGAAAAUGUCGAAAAUAUUAUAAAUCAAUUUAAUAAAACUUAUGCAGAUAAAAAAUCCCAACAAAAAUUCUACUGCGAGUACUGUAAUCGCGAUCUAAAGACAGAAGAAAGGUUCAAAGUCCAUCAAACAGAAAAAAGUCACCUUCGCAAGGUCCAGAAGAUCGAAAACACUCCAGGAGGACUCGAAGAAGUUGUCAGAAUGAGGACUGAACGCAACAGAGCUGUUGAACAGAAUAGUUUCCUCGCAAUUCAGCUUUUACAGAUAUUAAAGUCAGUUUUAGAGGCCACAAUCGAAAAUACCAAACGUAAACAAACAGUAACAGCUGCAACAAUUGAAGCUGAACGUGAUUUAGAUGCUCCAAUUACUUUUGAAGAAAAUGAUAGCGAAGAUGAAGAGCAAUUCGUUAAUCCGAAAGGCCUUCCACUCGGAUGGGAUGGAAAACCAAUUCCUAUGUGGCUUUACAAGCUCCAUGGCUUAUCUGUUGAGUAUAAAUGCGAAAUUUGCGGAAAUAGGUCGUAUUGGGGAAUUGCCGCAUUUGAACGUCAUUUUGUUGAAGCCACUCAUGUAUCCCACCUCAAAGCGCUAGGAAUUCCAAAUACAAAGCACUUUUUGUAUAUUACAAAAAUUAAUGAGGCCGUGAAUUUAUUUAAGAAGAUCAAAGGCACUCUCAAGGAAGAAGUUUGGCAAAAGGGCCAAGAAGAAAUCGAAGCUGCUGAUGGAACAGUUGUUCCACUUAAAUUAUACGAAGAUUGUGUUCGCCAAGGCCUUAUCAAGCCUCGCUCCAAAUAA